CACUAAUAUAGCCUUAUUUAGUCUACCAGUAUCACCUGACAUUAUCGGUCAUACCUAAUAUUAAAUAAAACUAAAAGUUCAACAUGGACGAAAGAGCGAUAGACAAGAUUUUUGCUGGAUGUCUAGAUGAUCUGCCUCCAGUAAGUUCUAAAAUUGUACGUAUCUUCACAAGUUCUACCUUCACAGACAUGUCAAUGGAGAGGAACACGUUGAUGGAAGAAGUGUACCCCAGAAUUAAGGAAUAUUGCAGAGAAAGACAUGGAUUGGAAUUUCAGGUUGUCGAUAUGCGCUGGGGUGUCCGAGACGAGGCUACAGAUGAUCACAUGACCACAGACUUGUGCAUGAACGAGAUUAAAAACUGUCAGCGCGUUUCCAUGGGACCAAAUUUUGUGGUUUUCCUUGCACAGAAAUACGGUUACCGCCCUAUUCCGACUAAAAUAGAUGCUAAAGAGUUCUUGCUUCUACGCGACGCUCUAGUUUCCGUAGGAUCUGACGUCAGCCUCCUCGACAAAUGGUAUCAAGAAGACAACAACUCUGUUCCUUCUGAAUACGUACUGCAACCCAUCAGUUCAAUACUGUUUAACUUUAAUAAUAAGAGAGUUCCAAAACUACAAGCUCAGGACCAGGCUACUUGGUGGGAUACUCUGUCCAAGUUACAGAAACUUCUUCGCAAAGCGGCACAGAGUUUACAUGCCGCUGGGAAACUGGACGACGAAGCCACACACAACUACAUGAUGUCGGUAACGGAAAGGGAAGUGAUCAACGGAAUUUUGAAUACCAGGAACACGCGAAGUCAUUGUUUGGCAUAUGUCCGUCAAAUUAAUAACAUCAACAUGGCUAACUUACGCGUAGCGUCUCAGUUCAUAGACGUCUCUAAUCGAACGGUGGAUGCUGAAGCCCAGAAGUUACUGAGCAAUCUGAGAGACGAUCGACUUCCUGCUAAGAUUGAACCUCCGAAUUACGUUAAGUACACUGUGGAAUGGAGUGGAAAGGAUGGAUUGAAUGCAGAAGCUCACAAAGAUUACCUGAAACACUUCACAUCUCACUUCUACAGGCAUAUCAUCAAACUCGUGGACCGCGCGAUGAGGAAAGAAGACCUCAGUUCCCAAGGUCAAAUCGUAACGGAGAUUCUUCAACAUCUUCACGCAUGUAAUAACGCUGUUCGAAUCUUCCAGGGAAGGGAAGAAGAAUUGGAAGCUAUACGACAUUAUAUUCAAGGCCCUUCUGACCAACCAUUUAUUUUACACGGCGAGGGAGGAUGCGGAAAGACAUCAUUAUUAGCUAAGGUUGCUAGUAUGGUUUCUUUGUGGUGUAACCAAGAAAUAAAACCUGUCAUUAUCUUGCGCUUUCUGGGAACUACGCCAGAUAGUUCCAGUAUUAUUCCCAUGUUGACUAGCAUCUGCGAACAGAUAUCCUACAAUUUCAUCCUUCCCUGGACAGAUAUACCAGAUGAUCUUGUUCCUCUUAUUGCAUUCCUGAAGCGGCUUCUUGCCCAAGCAACAAAAGAACAACCCCUGUAUAUUUUUAUUGACUCUAUCGACCAACUGUCUGGACCGAAUGAAGCUAAUAAAUUAUCCUGGUUACCCACACAUCUUCCUCCUUACGUUAAGAUGGUAGUUUCUUCAGUAUCUGGAGAUAGUAAAGAUUUCCGGCUUAUUCAACGCAUAUUAGAGAACAGUGAACAAUUCUUGGAGGUGAAGCCUUUGGGAGUAGACUUAGCCAUCACUGUCAUCCAAUCUUGGUUAAAGGGAGUUUGUCGGGACUUAAACGCUUACCAAUGGAAAGUUGUGCGUAGUGCUCUCGUGCGCUGCAGUCUUCCAAUUUUUGUCAAAUUAGUAUUUGCAGAUAUCUGUCGAUGGAAAUCUUAUUCCAAAGCAACAGAAACUACGUUAGCAUCAACUGUUAUGGACAGUAUUAUGAAAUUAUUGGACAGGAUUGAGAUGCAACAUGGUAAAACACUCGUAUUUCAUGCACUAGCUUACAUAACAGCCUCAAGGAGUGGGCUGAGUGAGAGUGAGUUGGAAGAUCUAAUAUCUCUAGAUGAUAAAGUUCUGGAUGACAUAUACCAGUAUCAUCUUCCACCUGUUCGACGUAUUCCUCCCUUGCUGUGGACAAGAAUCAGAAAUGAUCUUCCCAAUUAUCUCACGGAAAGAGAGGCAGAUGGCGUGAGUGUUCUGAACUGGUAUCAUCGACAAUUUCGUGAAGCUGCAUUGGAAAGAUACUUUAAAAACCUCAAUGCUGUCAGUUACUUCCACUCCUGCAUAGCCGAUUAUUUUCUUGGGAUCUGGGGUGGAGGAAAUCCCAAACCUUUCAAAUACACAGAAAUACAAAGACAUCGGUUUGGCAUUAGUAGCAAAGAAGGACAAGCAGACCGAAAAGUACCACUGCAGCCUUUAGUCUUUUACAGUAAUGACGGAAGAGUUGUUCGGUACAAUCUUCGCAAGUUUGGAGAAAUGGCUUUCCAUUUAGUUCGUUCACGGAGAUUUGAUGAUCUUUUUGAGCAUGUCCUGUUCAACUAUCAGUGGCUCCACAGCAAAAUGAGCAGCUGUCCAAUUCAAGCAGUACUGGCCGACUUUGAAGAUGCAAGAGAGUACCUCACUGAAAAAGAAGCUAUGAGGGAAGUGAUUUUAGUUGCAGAUGCUAUAAGGCUUGGCGGAGCAAUACUUGGUCAGUAUCCUAAUAUGCUAGCACCACAGAUUGUUGGUAGACUCUUGCCAGUGAAAGAUAUGCAUCAAAACGUCAAUUCUUUAAUUAAGCAGUGUGAUGAGCUUGGCCCACAACAUUGUGCAUUAAUUCCAGCAUACCACUGCCUUCACACUCCAGGUGGACCUCUGAAAUAUUCUCUUGAGGGGCAUCAGUUUGCUAUUUUUGGAUUUGCUCUAACAUCUGAUCUCCGUUAUGUGCUCUCUGUAUCUAAUAGGUUUCUCAUGUGGGACUUGUCAACGGGAGAAGUGACCAGAGACAUCAAUCCAAAUAUUCAGGGCAUUAUGCAAACACUAGCUCUCAGUCCUGAUGACAAGUUUGCAGUUACAUUCACAAACUAUGACGAAAUACUAAUCCUUAAUCUACUAAUUGGUGAAGUUCAAAGUUUGAAAGAAACAUUUCCUCCUGAAGAACAUCUGGUAGGUGUUUCUAUAACGGAAACGCUUUUAGCUGUUUGGACUGAGAAAAACUGGUGUGUUUUCUCACUAGCUACUGGAAAAAAAAAGGAUUCCCGGGACCUUCUGGAGGUCAACUGCUCAAUUAUAUCUGUGAUAUUUGUUGGUUUAGCUGAGUAUCAUGUUGCUCUUAGGGCCUCAGAUGGGGAAGAAUGUGAUAUCAUACUUCGUACUGUAAUUAGAGGCAGAAAACUAACCGAUCUGAAACUAUGUGGAGGUCUCGUGUUUAACAAAGAAAAAGAUCUGGUGUUUAUUAGUGAGCGAAAUAAUUCAGGGUAUGAUGUUAUGGUGUAUAAAAUCCAUACAGAUGGGUGGAUAUAUGACCAAAAUAUAACUACUAAUGCAAACAGAAUUCUAGAGCUUAGUCUUACACCUGAAGACAGAUUUCUUGUUGCAGUUCAAGUCUGUGGAUUCAGCCUUUGGGAUCUCAAUGAAAAAAGAAUAUUAACUCUAGACCUACCCCAUGGAGUGCGAAAUAUUUCUACAAAACCUCUACAUUCCCAGAGCAAUUUGGUUCUUACAAGGUACAAUCAGUAUGCAAUUGGUGGUGUAAGGAAAAACUUGUAUGUGUGGGACACUACAGAAGGUCAGAUACUUAAAGUUCUAGAUGCUCAUUUUGGAAGAAUACUUCAUCUUGAACCUCUAAUAAUUGAUGAGUUCAAUGGUAUUGUUUCUUCUUCCAUUGAUCGCACAAUUAAAGUGUGGAACAUUAACAAUAUUUUCGAACAAGUUCAUCUAAUGGAUCGCAUGGAAAUGCCAAUCGAUUCCAUCAGUAUUUCUAAAACUGGUGAAAUUGCUAUCACAGUAACUCGAAGUUGUGUUGGUAUUUGGUGUCUUAGUACUGGCAAAUUAUGGGCAAAAUUGGCUGACAGUCCCGUGGGAGCCAUAGUCACUCAUGCUGUAAUAACAAACAACUCUCGUUAUGUUGUAAGUGUGGAAACUGGUCACGUUUUGUUAUGGAGCUUGGAAAAGGCUUGCGUUGCGUGGCGUCACGAACAGAAGAACGUACGCCAGUUGCUUUUAAUGAUGGAAGACACGCGAGUUCUGGCUGUUUCUUUGAUCACAGAUUCAGAAGCAAAGUGUGUAGUGCGAAGAAUUCCGGAAGGAAAUAUAGCAUACUCCUUCAAUUUUCCAGUUCUACUAUUUAAACCAGCUGUAAUUUCAACAGAUGGUCAUUAUCUCGUAUUAGUUAGUCUGGAGAAAGGACGUGAAUGUAUUUCCGUCCACCAAGUUAAAAAUGGAGUUUUACUUCAUAAGAUCCCUCUAAAACUUAACCUUAUACGUGGAUUCUCCCACAUAAGUGCUUAUCCUGCUAAAGGCUAUCUCAUAGCAUUAGUUGGAACAGACAGAGCGCAUGUUGUCGAUGUCAAGGCGAGAAAAUUUGUCAGAUCGAUCAACAAGUGGAAUGGAUGCUCUACCACAGAUGGAAAGUAUGGUCUAUUUGCACCUUCAAGAGGAGGACUUGAGUUGCUAGAACUCCGCCAUGGAAACACAGUGCACAUGCUUCUUCCUCGUGUAAGCGAAGGUGUUUUUAGUGUUACAACAUUAUUUACAACCACAAAUGAAUACGUAGUUUAUUAUCACAGUGGGAGAAAAACCAUUCGGCUUUUCCGUGUAACUGAUGGGAAAAUGAUCGCCAAUUACCGGUUGUCAGCAGAGAGCAGCUGUAUCAAGAGCACUCCUGAUGGUAAAUCUUUAGUCGUGGGCGCUGUAGACGGAAGUGUGAUUGUGCUGGUCAUUGUUGAUCCCAUGAGCUCCGAAGCUCAGGAACAUCUUAUGUCACUGCCCAGCAGAACAAGCGAUGGACCACACGUUGGAAAAUCAAUUAUGACAUUUAAGACUGCUGCUCAUAUGGUAGCGAUGGCAGCUCGCUCCAAACUAGCAGGACAGGAUGAUAGUCAGCCGUCAAAAACAUGCGUUUUAUCAUAACUUACUAUCGUUAUAAGCCUUGAUUAAUCGUUACGUAAUCCAAGAUACAUUUCUCAAACUUAUAAUAGAAGCCGCUGUUUUGAGUAUGGUGGAGAAAGACAUACAAAAGUACACAUUAUAUUGCAAUAAAGUGAUCCCUAAAACGAUUUAGACAUUCUUUUAUAGAAACCCUGAUGAAAAUUCAAAAAUCUCCGAAGUGAAACUUUCUAAUAUACGGAAAUACACUAUAUGAAGCUAUAUAUAUAUACGUUAUUUUCUAUAAAGUACACCCGAAAUAUAACGCAAUUUCCGUGUUUAUUGAAUUAUGAAACUGUAUAAAGCAUUUUCAUUUUAUUCACAUAGAAUUUUAUGGUUAGUAUUGACCAGUCUACUUUUUGGAAUAAACUUAUCCAUGCCAGAAAAUAUAUUUUAUUGUUUACGCUGUCUGGUCUAAACAAGUAUACUGCUUUCGAUCACUACGAUAUGCAACAUUAAGUUGAGAAAGCUAAAUCACAGUCCAACUAUAUUUUUCGUUCUUUACUUGGCUUUCUGGUAAACGUCACGAUGUACUUGCAUAUAGAUAUAUCUGAAGGUGGUCAGGGGUCGCGUGGAUGUGGUAUUUUUUUUUUAAGUGCAGAAUGUGCCAUAUUUACUAGAGUCUUGAUUUUUAAUCCUUAGAUAAAUGAAACGGUUUGAAAAUAACGUGGUUUCUACACGGAAAUAAAUUGAUGAGACUGAAAAAACACACAAAAACUUUGAACGAGUUAUCAGGUUAAAUAAAGUCCCGAAAGUAUUGCGUGAAAUAAGACUAAUUUCGAUUUUCGUGUUUUAUAUCUUUAGUCGCAUACAAUUUAAACAGGUCAUGUGAGAACAAUGUUAUGUGUAACGUGUUGGAAUAAUUUUAAAUAUCUUUUUCAAUUAUUCCUUCUCUCUCUCAUGUUAUACGAAACACGAUAAAUCAGUAAACUUUUAACAAAUUAGGAAUGCUUUACGCACACACAUACACUAUGAAAGCCCGCCCAUUCCUUUUUUUCUGUCCCUUGGUAUCAGUAAGUUAUAUAUAUACCUUUAUCAUGGGUUUAUACUGAAUUGCUCAGAUCAAUUUCAAAGACUUUCUAAGCACUUUCAGAAUGUUUUUCAAGCACUUAUUGGAAGCUAAAUUCUACACCAAAGAUAAUAGGAUUUCACUAAAAUUCUAUAAAACUCGUAUUUAUUUGUUCAACAUAUGAAUGAAGACUAAAAAGAAAAGAAAUACUUUAGUUAUUGCGCUCAACUACGCAACAUCAUUAAAGUUAAAUAUAUCGAUAUAUCCCGCUAUUAUAAUAUUUUCAAGUCUUUUGCAAAAAAAAA